AUGGAGUUGCCAACUACUGUUGGUUGUGAUGUUAAUGCUUUUGAGUUGUCAGGGACAAGGGCCCAAGAUGACACUGAACUAGAGUUGGUUGAAUUACCCCAAGAUAUGGCAAAAGAGGAUGUGGUACCAAAUCCCCAAAAUGAUCUUGAACCAUUGACUGAGCAACUUCACCUCCUGCCACAGUCUACUCAAAUUGAACAAACCCAAUGCACUGAACAUUCUACACUCCCUGCUAAUCAAGAGAUAACAGCUAUUGAGUUAUCAGAGGAAGACCCUUUGAUUUUGCAAUUAGUUAAAAAUAUUGAAGAAGGUUGGCAAGUUCAGAAAACAAAAAUGAAGAAAAUGCCUUCGGAGUUAAAGAAUCUACUCCCCUCUUCAUCUUCUUUGGAGGAUGCCCCCCUCUUUCUUCUAAUAUUACAAACUCCAUCCUCUCAACUAGCCAUUAAAGAUACAUUGUUUGAUAAGGAAAGGGAAUUUACCAAAAGCCUGUCUCUAACUGAUAUUCCUGAUGAAAAGAAAAUUUGGGAAGCUCUAAACUCUAUUGACAGCACAAAAGUUGCUGGUCCUGAUGGCUUCACUGCAGAUUUUUAUAAAAAGGUCUGGCUAAUUGUGAAGGGUGAGGUCAUUGCUACUGUCCAAAGCUUUUUCUGGGGGGCUGAUCUCCCUAAAUACUUUUCCACAUCUACUAUUACUUUGGUUCCCAAGGACAAAACUCUUCACAAAUGGGAAAAUUUCAGACCCAUUAGUCUCACUUCUAUUAUAUCUAAGAUAAUCAGCAAAGUACUGGUUCAUAGAUUACAACCUCAGAAAAUCACCCCAACCCAACCAGCCUUCAUCAAGGAUAGAAGUAUUGUUGAUAAUGUGUUGUUGGCACAAGAGUUGCUACUGGAUUUGGACAGAAUCGCUAGAGGAGGCAACUUAAUUUUCAAAUUUGAUAUCAAAAAGGCAUAUGACACUAUCAGUUGGAAGUUCAUUGAAUAA